AUGAGUGGCCACCUAGGUUCUGGAAAUAAUGCAAACUCUCCUUUCUCCAUUUCCGGAAGUGGAUCUUUGACCGGGGGUAUCAGUGGCCACCUAGGUUCUGGAAAUAAUGCGAACUCUCCUUUCUCCAGUUCCGGGAGUGGAUCAUUAUACGGAGUUAUGAAUGGUCAACCAGGUUCCGAAAAUGCAGCAAACUCCCCUUUCUCCAUUUCCGGGAGUGGAUCUUUAACCGGAAGUAUUAGUGUUAAGCCAGGUUCCGGAAAUGAAGCAAACUCUCCUUUCACCAUUGCCGGAAGUGGGUCCUUGGGCGGUGGAUUUUACGGCCUUGACACCGGAGGAAAUAGCAUGGGAACUGCUGGUUCCGGUGUAGGAAUGGCUAGUCCAUUCAGUACAGGGAACAAAGGGGGUACCGGAAAUGGACAAGGACCAUUCAGUAUGUCGUCGUCUGGAGAUAGCGGGGGAAAAGGCGGAAGUGGAAAAGGAAUGCCCAGUCCUUUCUCCACAUCGGAUGCGGCCGGCGGAGGGCCAGGCAGUUUUGUCGGGGGAUCGUUUGCAAUGGACAUGAUGGAUAGCGCUGGUCCAGGAGGACUCACUGGCGGAUCAUUCGACAUUGGAACCGGAAGUUACGGACCAGGCGGUCUUGCAGGAGGAGCGUUUGACUUGGGUGGUAGUUCUGGCUUUAACGGCGAUGGUGACAAGAGUCUAUAUGACACUGAUCAAUACCAGGCGAUGCUUAAGGACCAGUUUAAAAGCGACUUAUACGAACCAGGGCUAACUGGAAUUUCCUACUCUGGAGGACUUACAGCAAAUUCGGCCUUGGCUGGGAAUUCCAACUCCGGAUCCACGUCCGCUGAACAGGACAGUUUAAUGGAUUACAACAAAAACCCAUACUACAGUCUCGGUUCAUACUCCGUGUCGUCCGGGUCAGGCUGGGACAGCUCGACCUCACAAGCAGCCAAAUCAGAUGAACAGAACUUCGGAAAUCCUUUUGAUUUACCCUAUGACGAACUUCUGUCAAACCCGCUAUCAUCACAUAGCAACACGGGUAAAGACGUCUCUACGUUCGGGGGGUUCACUGCGGGAUCUGCCAACCUUGUCGAUUCUUCGAUGGACUCUGUAAAAUCGCUGUUUAAUAUCGAUAAGGGAUACAGUUCUCCUAUUGGAAGUACUGGAAUCGGAGGCUUCAACAACCCAGGUGGAAAUCCUGCAAAUCAGAAGGGAUCAAUGGCAACUUCCUUCCAGGAUCCUUCACGUCAGGGCAGCCCCUUUAAGACUUUCAACCAGGUACAAAGGAGAAGACUUCUACACAAGGAACUCUUAAAAGGAAAUCGCCCUAUCAGUUUACUACAUCCUAACUCUACUUUUAUGUUUAUACAGGGAGAAGACGGCUCCUACACACAUUGA